AUGGAUGAUAAUCAAACACAGGAUGCUAGAGCUUUGAAAAGAUCAAUUGGUCAAAAUGGUGGGAAAUCAAAACAAGCAAAGACAACCAAAACAAUCAAUAUAUUAUCAUUACCUGAUGAAUGUUUGAGACGAGUGACUCAAAAUCUUACGCAAGAGGAUACAUUAUCAUUAUUAUACUCUAAUUCACAUUUUGAAAGAGCUUGUAAAUUCAGAUUAUACAGAAAUAUCAUCAUUUGUGAAAAGUAUCAAGAUCAUUAUUUUUAUGAGUUGUCAAAGCAAAAGAAAACUACUAUAUUAUCAGGAUGGGAUAAUAUCAUCAAGUUCUUUAGAAUGUUUUAUUUGAAUUCUCAAAAGGGAAAGAAUUUGGAUUUGGCUAAAUAUUUUGAAGAGAUCUCUACUUAUAAUUUCUUGGAUAGAGGUCGUGUUGAUCCUUUUAAAGUAUUAUCAAAAUCAGAUUUAACAAAUAUAUUAAGCUUAAGACAAUUUUGGGAUAUUGCUAUUAAUAGUUUUGUUAAUCUCAAAGUUUUUUACGGUCCUAAACUACCAUUAGAGAAAGUUUUUUCAUUUAAGGAAACAAUUGUGUCAAAUUUACGGAAAUUAUCAAUUUCUAUCGAUGAUUUUUCACCUUUAGGACCAUUAGAAGACUAUGAUAUUAAUCUACCGCAUUUGAAAAACUUAAAGAUUAACUCUGAUAGGGAUUCGAGUGGUACUUAUACUCCAAGAGUUCGCCUUGAUUUUAAAACAUGUUUGGUAUUGGCCAAACUGUUAAUAGUUGAUGGAUCGGCAAAUAAUACAACUUUAGAAGAGCUAGAAAUAAAUGGAUCAUUUGGUUCAAUGGAUAGACGCACUGAGCAUAAACUUAGACAUGCUAAUCUAACAGAAGGUACAAGUUUAACUUUGUCCUAUAUUUUGGGGUUCAGAAAUGCAACUUCUUCAGUCAUGAAAGAAGUACCAAGUUUAAGUACAAAUGGAUUAGAUGAAUAUGAAAGUGAUAAUGAUAAAGAUGCUGCGGAUACAGAUGAGGAACAAGAAGAGGAAGGAGAGAGAGAGUAUGAUGAUGAUAUAUACAACGAUAUAGCUGCACAAUUUAGCACAAGAAAUGGAAGUGGUAUCAACGAAUAUCUUAGAGAAUCUCUAGAUUUUGAACCUCCUACACCUGAAAUAGUGGGUUCAUCACAUAAUAAACUUGGAUUUGACCUCCAAGCCUAUAAUUCAUUACCAGGUCUUAGAAAUGCAAAUUUUCAAUAUUUUGAAAGUGGAAUCACAUCACCUCGAGAUGAAUUUUUCGCUGUAUUGGUUGAUAACUUCGUCCAAAAUGGAAUAAAAUUAUUAAAUUUGAAGAAACUUUCAGUUGCUAAUAUGGGUUUUGAAAAAGAACAUUUUCUUCCUGGAUCAAAUUUUCUAAAAAACUUUGAUGAAUUAUUUCCCAAUUCUCAUAAGCUUGAAACCUUGGAUUUUAGGCAGGUCAGUCAUGCUUUGUAUAUAUUCAAUGAAAAUGAGGAACCACUUAAUGAUAAUGAAGAAGCUGAGUUUUUUCAAAAUGAUGUACCAUCAUUCAUUACACAUUUAACAAACUCAAUUCAAGCUUUUAACAAUUUGAAAAAAUUAGUACUGUACACUUAUCAAUAUCAAGGAUUGGGUGAACCAACUGAGUAUGAACAUGGCUUUAUGGGAAAUCAUUGUAUCAAACUUCAUACUCAACUUCAAGCAUUUUCAGCCAAAACCCCGAAUUUAGAAGAGUUAGUUGUUUUCGGACCUGAUAAAACAAAGUUAAGACAUUUUUAUAGAAUCCUUUAUAAAUCACAUGCAAGAAAAACAAUAAAAAAGUUAACAUAUCAUCAACCAGAAAUAAUAUCAGAAUUAUGUUCCAAGAUUCUUAAUGCAAGAAUUUUCAAAAAAUUUAAUAAACAUAAAAACUUAAAAAUGUUGGAUGAUUAUUAUUUUGGUUGUUCUAAGAAAAUUGUUGAACAUUUCAUUACUACAUCAAGAGUUGAAAAUUAUUGUGGAAACGAACUAAUGAAAUAUAAUGAAGAUACAAUGUUUUUCAAAGAUGAAUUCUUAUAUUUAUUUGGAGAUGAUGCUAAAAGAUUCUUUAGAAUUUGUCCAAAACUUGAAGAAUUUACUCUUUAUGGAUUUACAUUUGAAAGAAAUAAAAAUAUACUUGUUUAA